UUAGCUGGACCAGUUAUUGUGGAGCCGCAUGUUACAGCAGUAUGGGGAAAGAAUGUUUCAUUGAAGUGUUUAAUUGAAGUAAAUGAAACUAUAACACAGAUUUCAUGGGAGAAGAUACAUGGCAAAAGUUCACAGACUGUUGCAGUUCAUCAUCCUCAAUAUGGAUUCUCUGUUCAAGGAGAAUAUCAGGGAAGAGUCUUGUUUAAAAACUAUUCACUUAAUGAUGCAACGAUUACUCUACAUAACAUAGGAUUCUCGGAUUCUGGAAAAUACAUAUGCAAAGCUGCUACAUUCCCACUUGGAAAUGCUCAGUCCUCUACAACGGUAACUGUAUUAGUUGAACCCACUGUGAGCCUGAUAAAAGGGCCAGAUUCUUUAAUUGAUGGAGGAAAUGAAACAGUAGCAGCCAUUUGUAUUGCAGCCACUGGAAAACCAGUUGCACACAUUGACUGGGAAGGUGAUCUUGGUGAAAUGGAAUCCACUACAACUUCUUUUCCAAAUGAAACAGCAACAAUUGUCAGCCAGUACAAACUGUUUCCCACAAGAUUUGCUAGAGGAAGGCGAAUUACUUGUGUUGUAAAACAUCCAGCCUUGGAAAAGGACAUCCGAUAUUCUUUCAUAUUAGAUAUACAGUAUGCUCCUGAGGUUUCAGUAACAGGCUAUGAUGGAAAUUGGUUUGUAGGAAGAAAAGGUGUUAAUCUCAAGUGUAAUGCUGAUGCAAAUCCACCACCCUUCAAAUCUGUGUGGAGCAGGUUGGAUGGACAGUGGCCUGAUGGUUUAUUGGCUUCAGACACUACUCUUCAUUUUGUCCAUCCACUGACUUUCAAUUAUUCUGGUGUUUAUGUCUGUAAAGUGACUAAUUCCCUUGGUCAAAGAAGUGAUCAAAAGGUCAUCUACAUUUCAGAUCCUCCUACUACUACCACCCUUCAGCCUACAAUUCAGUGGCAUCCCUCAACUGCUGACAUCGAGGAUCUAGCAACAGAACCAAAAAAAUUGCCCUUCCCAUUGUCAACUUUGGCAACAAUUAAGGAUGAUACAAUUGGCACGAUCAUUGCUAGUGUAGUGGGUGGGGCUCUCUUCAUAGUACUUGUAAGUGUUUUGGCUGGAAUAUUCUGCUAUAGGAGAAGACGGACGUUUCGUGGAGACUACUUUGCCAAGAACUACAUUCCACCAUCAGAUAUGCAAAAAGAAUCACAAAUAGAUGUUCUUCAACAAGAUGAGCUUGAUUCUUACCCAGACAGUGUAAAAAAAGAAAACAAAAAUCCAGUGAACAAUCUAAUACGGAAAGACUAUUUAGAAGAGCCUGAAAAAACGCAGUGGAACAAUGUAGAAAAUCUCAAUAGAUUUGAAAGACCAAUGGGUUAUUAUGAAGAUCAAAAAAUGGAAAUGAAGUUUGUCAGCGAUGGACAUUAUGACGAAAAUGAAGAUGAUUUAGUUUCACAUGUAGAUGGUUCCGUAAUUUCCAGGAGGGAGUGGUAUGUUUAGCAAUCACUAAAUGUGACUUAACAAUGUAUAUUGUUUCAUUCAUACUAGUUGAUCAUUUUCAGAUUGUUCAUACUUUUUCUUGAGGAGGAAUAAGCUUUUUCAACUUGAUUUUCAAGCAUACUUUUUAUAUUCUAAUUUGACAAAUGAAAAUGUAAAAUCUGGGUUCAAUGUAUCUGAGCUGCUUUACAAUUUAUUUUCAAUGCUGUACUACUGUCUCAAGAUUUAAAUUUUAAUGCAGAGUACUUUAUUGGUCUGAGGCACACAGGUAAGAAGAAAUGUCAACAUUAAAUGUAUGACUUUUUUGGUACAAAAAUUAAAAAAAAAAAGGAAACUACCUUGGCAUUGUGUAUUAAAUGUUUACCUAAGACUAUAAUCUCAAGUAUAAUGUUUGUUAAAUAUAUACCUCUCAAAAUUGAUCACCACUAAAUGAUACUACAUCAAAAUUGACGAUAAAGUAAUUCAAGAAAUGUUUAUAUAUAUUUUUAGUAUACAAAAAAUAUUCAGCCUGAUGAAACACCUUUCCUUUUCAAACAUUAUUUUCUAAGUUUCUAUACAAAUGGAAUCUUUACCUCUGCAUUUUAAUGAGCCUUGCCAUAGUUAUUGUAGAGUGGCUUUUCAAAGGUGUUUUGUUGCACUAAGACUCUAGUAGUAAAUGCAGUGACAUGAUGUGUGGAAGAGCAUAUGAGCUGAUCAAUGUUUUGUCCAAAAUACAUACGAGAGUAAUAAAAGCGCCUUUUAAACAU